AUGGGUUUCGCUGAUGUCGUCCCGAAGACCGCCGAGAACUUCUGCACCCUAUGCACCGGCGACAAAGGCGUCGGCAAAUCUGGCAAGCCCCUCCACCACAAAGUGUCAUCCUUCCACCGUGUAAUCCCCGAUUUCAUUUUUCCAGAGCGGCGACUUCACUGUGGGCCGGGGACAAACGACACGCAAUUCUUCAUCCGCACGACAAGGAUGAAGUGGCUUGAUGACAAGCACAUGGUGUUCGGGCAGGUGGUGGAGGAUUACGACGUAUUGAAGGUGGUGAAGAACGUGGGGUUGGGGAGCCGCUGGACCUCGAGACCGGUGGUGAUCGCCGAAUGGACCAACUCCAGAUCUGGUGGUUAUAUGCCGUUUAAUUUAAAGUUUGUUGGAUACUAUUUCAUAACUACCUAA